UAAGAGAUUAUAGCAAAGCAUCUAUAAUCAACUCAGCUUAAGAGAUCUUGACCUCUGGUUGGGUUUCCUGCCACAGCAGAAUAGCAUCAUGACCAAGGCCUUCUUCUCCCGACUAGAUCUUCAAGAGGGUCUCCAAACCCUCUCUGUUAUGCAGUGGCUCCCAGUCUACAUAUUUUUAGGAGCUAUUCCCAUUCUCUUUAUACCCUACUUUCUGGUGUUCACUAAGUUUUGGUCCUUGGCUGUGCUCGCCUUAGUUUGGCUCGCCUAUGAUUGGAACACCCACAGUCAAGGUGGUAGACGUUCAUCUUGGGUACGAAACUGGACCCUCUGGAAAUAUUUCCGAAAUUACUUCCCAGUAAAGCUGGUGAAGACUCAUGACCUUUCUCCCAAACACAACUACAUCAUUGCCAACCACCCCCAUGGCAUUGUCUCUUAUGGUGUCUUCAUCAACUUUGCAACUGAGGCCACUGGCUUUGCUCGGAUUUUCCCAUCCAUUACUCCCUUCGUAGGGACCUUGGAAGGGAUUUUCUGGAUCCCAAUUGUGCGAGAAUAUGUGAUGUCAAUGGGUUUGUGCCCAGUUAGUGAGUUGUCCUUGAAGUAUUUGCUGACACAGAAAGGCUCAGGCAAUGCUGUGGUUAUUGUGGUGGGUGGAGCUACCGAAGCCCUCUUGUGCCAGCCAGGAGCCUCCACCAUUUUCCUCAAAAAGCGAAAAGGUUUUGUGAAGUUGGCCCUGAAGACAGGGGCAUAUAUUGUUCCUUCCUAUUCCUUUGGUGAGAACGAGGUACACAAGCAAGAGACCUUCCCUGAGGGCACAUGGACAAGGUUCUUCCAAAAAACCUUCCAGAGCACAUUCAAAAAACUCCUGGGUUUAAAUUUCUGUACCUUCCAUGGUCGGGGCCUCACUCGUGGAUCCUGGGGCUUUCUGCCUUUCAAUCAUCCCAUUACCACUGUUGUUGGAGAACCCCUGCCGAUUCCCAAGAUUGAGAAUCCAGAUAAGAAGACAGUGGACAAGUAUCACACAUUCUACAUUAGUGCCCUGCGCAAGCUGUUUGAUCAACACAAAGUUGAACAUGGACUCCCUGAGGCCCAAGAGCUGGCAAUCAUAUAA